UAGGUUGUUUGCAGAAGACUCCCUUGCUUCUACUCGUGAGAAGAAGGCAGCAGCGCGAAACCCUAGAAUCGAAUCGAGGUGGUGGCGGCGGAGACAAGCACAAAGGAAAUCGAGGAGGAGGAAGAAGAGGCAAUCAUGUCCCUCCGGCGGUCUGUCGGUUCCCUCCUCGCACGGAGGUUCUCGCCACGGCCACGGGCGACCCCAAGGACGGCUCCUGCACGAUCGGUCCACUCCUUGAAGGAUUUCCCCAUCGCUCAUGGCAUUGGUCGUGCUGCUGUUGUGGCCGCGGCUGCGCUUGCUAGUGCUGGAGCGUUGGCACAUCAGUAUUUCAGGAAAGGCCCAGCAGAUGAUGAGUCAGCUCCCCGCGGGAAAGAGGAGGACCUGAAAGCGAUGUUCGAGGAUUGGGCCAAGAAACAGAACAGGACAUACCGAGACGAGGAAGAGAAGGCCAUGCGGUUCCAAGUGUUCAAAGACAACGUCGACUGGAUCGAAUCGCUGCCCCCAUCUAUCCGGGAAAAGUCGCUUCCAUUAAACUGUUUCGCAGACUUUAAACCCGAGGAGCGCCCGUUGGGCCGGUCCGGCCAGUGCUGUAUCAUUGAUAUAGAUGGCCAUGGCCCGGACGCCGAAGAGGAGUACCUCCAGAACAAGUUUCUCGCCGAGAAUGAAAACGGAGAAGCAUUUGUAUGGAAGCCAGCCAUGAAGCAGGGCGACAAGCAAGCAACUCAUGUCUCUGCCUAGACCCUAGAAAGAAUGGUGUCUGGUCUGACAUGACAAGAAGAUCGAUAAGCAAGAGGCACUAGUACUGGAGGUAAAAGGCGGUAGCUUUUCUGUUGUGUACCAUCAACGGAGCAAAACUUUAUGCAAAUUUUAACGGCAAGCUUGUUCAGCGGACAACGGUGCUUACAGAAGUCCUUUACACUUAGUGUUGUCCGUGAUGUACCAAAAAAUAAUCCUCUCAUGCCAUGUAACACUUUAUAUGUAUGUGUUUCUUUUCUGUUCUGGUCUCUCUGGGAUCAUGCAAUUUAAAAUGUAUGCUCAGUUAUGAUUUAAAGUGGAUGGAUUAAUUUUCUCGAUGUCUCAAAUA